GGCACAAAGACAGAAAAAUUGAUGAAAUCAAAGAUAUACCUAUAUUUGUAAAUUUAAUUAUUUAUAUAAAUGAAAAAGUAUAAUUUAAAAGUAAAUUUUGGGAUAAUUUUUUGAUAAAAUAGAGAUAAGUUACAUGUAUAAACUGUCUUUCCAAACAAAUGACAAAUAGUUGAUACAAGAGUGAGGUUAGGAAAACAGAUUAAUUGUAAAAUUACUAGUUAAAUGGAUUCGCCACCGGCUCAAGAGGUAACAGAACUGUUGAGGCAAUGGGAGGAACAACAUACGCAGCCAAAUUACGAUCCUAUACCCACUUUGACGAGGAUAGCGGAGAUCAUAGAAGCAGAGACAGAGAAUUUCAUGAAAAAAGACCCAGACCCGUUUGACGAGAGACAUCCAUCCAGGACAGAUCCAGAGUGUGCUCUGGGACAUGCACUCAAAGUUAUGUUUAAGAAAGACAAUUUUAUGACUAAGUUAGUUAAUGACUACGUCCGAGACACAUACUACUCAAGGCAGAAUAUCACAGGACGAGAUGUCCACAAGUUGAAUGUUGCUGCGUGCAGACUGACCUUAGACCUGAUGCCCGGAUUAGAAAUGAGCGUCGUAUUUCAGGAUAACGAGGCGUUGAUACAGAGGCUAGUGAACUGGGCGACCAGCUCCACGGAGCCGCUGCAGUGCUACGCCACGGGCCUGCUCGCAGCCGCGAUGGAGGUGCAGGAUAUAGCUACUAAUUUUAGGGACCUAAAUGCAAUGUUAGUUCCUCUCAUGUUGAGGAGGCUGCACGGCUUGAGGAACAAAAAUCAAGAUGAUAAGCAAUGCAGUCAAGUAACGCCGCCCAGUCAGACGAGACACUUCGCGCGCUUCGAUAAGAAACGCAAUAACGAUAUAAAGUGCAACGGACCGGGGUCAGAGAAAAAUGGAGAACCAGAUCGAGAUAAAGACAAAGAUGGCGGCGCCGAGGACAUGGCGGUCGACGAUCCGCCCACGACAGAUCCCGAGACGCCGGUUAAAAAUUACAAUAACAGCGCCGCGUCUCCCCCCGCGUGGGGCAUGAUGUCCCCCCCGCCGCGCCCGCCGCCCCCCUCCGCGCACCACAACCACGAGACCUCCUCCAACUCGAGCUGGGCGGAGAUGGAGACCUACGUCAUAGGUAACAUACAGAUACACCCGCCGACCGACGCCACUAAGCAGAUGCUCAUACUCAGGUACCUGACGCCGAUGGGAGAAUAUCAAGAAUUUCUGUCACAUGUCUUCGAGCAGAACGCCCUAGGGCUGAUCCUGGGGUACCUCAAUGUACGGGAGUCCCGAGACUCCCGUCUGGCCUUCGAAGCCCUAAAGUACUUGGCGGCGCUCCUCUGCCACAAGAAGUUCUCGAUAGACUUUAUAAACAUGGGAGGGCUGCAGAAAUUCUUAGAAGUACCAAGGCCAUCCGUCGCCGCUACCGGCGUCUCCAUCUGCCUGUACUACCUGGCCUACUGCGAGGACGCAAUGGAACGCGUCUGCCUCUUGCCGAGGAAGACUUUAGCGGACUUAGUGCAAUACGCCCUGUGGCUUCUAGAAUGUUCGCACGACUCCGGCCGCUGCCACGCGACCAUGUUCUUCGGCCUCUCGUUCCAGUUCCGGGUCAUUCUCGAGGAGUUCGAUAACCAGGACGGUCUGAGGAAGCUGUACAACGUGAUAUCGACGCUCCCGAUCCUCGGCUCCGACGAGGAGGAGUCCAGGGUGUCGGACGACGAGACCUGCGCCGCGCGGCAGAUCGUCAGGCACGUCUGCGUCGCCCUCAGGAGGUACCUGGAGGCGCACCUCCGGCUGAAGGCGGCGCAGGUGUCCCGGCAGCACGGCGACAGCGUGCCCGACCCGCCACCCUACAAGGCCUCCAAGUCCUCGCCCGAGGAGAUCCAGGAGCAGAUCGAGCUGCUGCAGAGCGUGUCGUGGUCCCGCUGGGCGCCCGUGGACGAGCUGCUGGACCUGGGGGGCGUGUCGCUGCUGCUCAAGGUGGUCGGCUACGCCUACGAGUGGAACUUCAACGGCAGAUCUGAGACGGUCCGGUCGGCGCUGGACGUGGUGUCGGUGUGCUGCGUGGCCCCGCGCGUGCAGCUGCUCCUCACGGAGAAGGUGGACAUGAGGGACGAGGAUCUGACCACGGGCGUUAAUAUCGUUUUGAACGCGGCAGACGGCGACAUAGUGCCGGAGCCCGAAGUCCAGAAGGCGGCCCUCAACGUGCUCGUCAACUGUGUGUGCGCGCCUGUACACAGGGCUGGUACGUCAACCACCCGCUUCUCAAUAACCGGUUCUAGCAGAAAGAAGACUGCCCUGAAAUCCUAUGAAGACGUCAUACAGAAAGUGUGGGAGAGCGUUCGGACCAACAACGGUAUUAUGGUGCUGCUGGCGCUGAUGACGGUGAAGUCGCCCAUCACGGACGCGGACCGGCUGCGCGGGCUGGCGUGCCGCGCGCUGGCCGGCCUCGCGCGCUGCCCCACCGUGCGGCAGAUCAUAUCCAAACUGCCGCUCAUCACCACCUCGCAGAUACAAGUGCUGAUGCGCGACCCGAUACUCCAAGAGAAGCGCCAGGAGCAUGUGAUGUUCCAGAAGUACGCGCUGGAGCUGCUGGAGCGCGUCUCCGGGAAGAGCAAGCACAUGGGAGCCGAAUUCGAAACCUCAUUGGCGAAUAUACACAAGGCAAACGUGGUGGCCCAGACGCGAAUAAACUACAACGAGCGUCAACUGCUGCAACUAGUGCAGGAGCACCUAGCGGCCCGCGGACUGCACGAGAGCGCGGCCGUGCUGCAGCGCGAGGCGGGGCUGCCUCCCCCCGCCGCCGCCGCCCCGCCGCCUCCCCCGCCGCCAGUCUACACACCCUCCACGCCCAUACGGUCGCGGCUGUCCGUAUCGAGGGGCAGCGGCGCGGCGCAGCGGGACAGCGCCGACCCCAACACGCCGCACACCGACGAGGGCAGCCCGAUGCCCACGGUCAUCAGGCUCAGGAAGCACCAGUCCCAGACCCCCGGCGUGGGCUGUCUGCAGUCGGCUUGCGAGCAGAAGCGCUCUCUGCAGAAGCAGCUGUCGGCGUGUCCGGAGCAGGGCCCGCCGCCGCAGCACCGCGUCACGCUGCACACCAUCAUCACCGAGUACCUGUACAACCAGCACGCGCUCUGCAAGAACCCGGUCGUCACCUGCCCGCAGUUCAACCUCUUCGAGCCCCACAAGUGCCCGGAGCCGCGCGGCGCGUGGUCGGUGGUGGGCGCGAGCGGGAACGUGGCGGCGCGCGUGUGGCGGCGCGAGCUGGGCGCGCCCGCCCCGCACCGCCGCCUCGACACGCGCCUCGCGCACGCGCACUUCGCGCCCGCGCGCACGCUGCGCCUGCAGGACGACGACGCGUACUUCACGCACACCGUGUUCCACCCGACGCAGCAGCAACUCCUGGCGGCCACCUCCUCGGGCGAUAUCCGGGUGUUCAAUCUGUUCACGGGGGCCGAAGAGAACUCUUAUCAAGUUCACGAAUCUUACAUUUAUCAUAUGCAGACAAGUAGAGACGGGCUUCUGUUGCUGGCGUCAGCCACCACACCCUGGAGGCCGCUCUCCGCCCUGUGGAACAUGAAGGAGUUCGAACUGCUUUUCCAGCUAGACGCCGAGGAGUACGUGGAGUUCUCGAAGAUGUCCGACGACCGCAUCAUCGGCACGAAGGGCGAGACGGCGACGAUCUUCGACACGCGCACCGGCCGCGAGCUCAUGACGCUCACGCCCUCCAUCAGCAACCAGUACGCGAAGAACAGGGCCGUGUUCAACCCCACCGACGAGCUGGUGCUGUCCGAUGGCGUCCUCUGGGACGUGAACACCGGCAAGGAGAUCCACAAGUUCGACAAACUCAACCAAACGCACAGCGGGGUCUUUCAUCCGAACGGAUUAGAGGUGAUAUCGAACACUGAAGUAUGGGACCUGCGAACAUUCCACCUGCUCAGGACGGUGCCGACGCUCGACAAGUCAGAGGUCAUCUUCAACCCGACGUGCACCGCCCUGUACGCCGUCUUCUCGGACCAGGACCCCGAAGACAGACACCAGUUCGACACCAGCUUCAGGACCUUAGACCCGUACGACUAUUCCAGUAUAGCCACGAUAGACGUGAAGCGGAACAUAUACGCGCUGAGCGUGUCGCGCUACGGCACCCAGAUCUCGGUCGUCGAGAACAUGGGCGAGUACGACCAGAUGCAGGAGUCGUGCGUCAAGAUAUACGACGUGGGGCGGAGGAGGGACCACGACGACGACGCGGACGAGGACGAGGAGGAGGACCUAGCCGGCUCGGAGAACGACGACGGCUCCGACUCCGGGUCCGAUAACGACGACGACCUGGCCUCGAAUUUGCUACGUAACGCCGUGAUGGGGCUGGCCGAGGAUGGGAGUUCAGGGGAGUCGUCGCGUGAGGACAACGAGCCCCCGCAGCGGAGGAGACGCAGGAGGAACCCGAGGAGAAGAGGGCAGCAGGGCGGCCCUCGACAAAGCAGCGACAGUGACGGCGAAGGAGACAUAGACCUGGACCUCGGAGACAUUAUAGAGUUUGAAAUCGACUAGACAAUAAACGUUCAAAUCUAA